AUGCCUUUUGUUCUUGGUGUACUUUUUGUUGCAGUUGGUGAGUAUGCUGAGUUUGUUUGCAAAUUAGCAUUAAGGCAAUCAAAUCCUCCAACUUUUUCUUUUCAAAUGGUUUGGUUAGUGUGUGCAUGGGCAUGGAAAGUUCAGUUCCACCAGUUUUUAUAUUUGGUGAUUCAACCACAGACGUUGGUACUAAUAAUUACUUGCCAGUGGAAAGAGCUAGAGCUGAUUUUCCAUUUAAUGGAAUUGACUAUCGUGAUGCUAAACCAACUGGAAGGUUUAGCAAUGGCUACAACAUUGCUGAUACUAUUGAGUUACCAGACUCAUUUAACGAAUCUACUAACUCUUGGGGCCAAAAGAUUUGGUAUAAUAGGUGUUUCACCGAUUGGGUGCAUUCCACGAUAUAGGGUCAUGAAUCCAAGAGGUGAAUGCGUUGAAGAGCUCAACCUAUAUGCAAAAUUGUUCUCAAAAAAGUUAGAAAAUGUACUGCAAAAGUUGAGCAUAGAGUUUAAAGAGAUGAAAUACUCAUAUGGAAAUUCAUAUUUAGCGACUGCGGAUAUCAUUGGAAAUCAUUUUGCAUAUGGUUUCAAGGAUGCCAUAUCAGCUUGUUGUGGAUAUGGACUUAUUGGAGCAUAAUCACCAUGUCUACCAAAUGUCACCGUAUGCGACAACCGGAAUGACUACUUCUGGUGGGAUCGGUACCAUCCAAGUGAAGCUGGUUGUGAAGUGCUAGCCCUAACCCUCUACGGUGGCUCAAAGCAAUACGUUAAGCCUAUUAAUUUCACAGUGGAGGCCAAUCCACCACCAAUUUUUAUAUUUGGUGAUUCUACAUUUGAUGUUGGGACCAACAAUUUCUUGAAUGGAACGAUUGCACUUGCCAAUUUCCCUUAUAAUGGGAUUGAUUAUCCUAACUCAGUUCCUACAGGGAGGUUCAGCAAUGGGUAUAACCUUGCCGAUCGACUUGAAUCUUGAUUCUUGGUUGUUGGAUUUUGUUCUAAAAUUCAAAAAAUGUAGCACGGAGUUGUAUCAUUGAGAGAUCAGAUUCAGCAAUUCGGACUGAUCCGUGAAAAUAUUUCCGAGAUGAAGGGUGCUGAUGAAACUGCUAAGAAUCUUUCCAACUCUUUGUUCAUACUCAGUGUUGGUUCAAAUGACAUCCUCGAUCCCGUUCGUUUAGGAAUCAACGUAACCAAAGAACAAUUGAUGACAAAUCUCCAGUCAGCUUACUACCAACAUCUAAAGGAUUUAUACAAUCUGGGAGCUAGGAAAUUUGGUAUUUUAGUUGCUGCACCACUUGGCUGCUGUCCUUUUUCGCGUGCUUUGAACAAGAGUUUGGGUGGCAAUGGUGGUUGUUUGAGAACAGUAAAUGAAUUUGCUCGACGUUUUUACCACAUUGUUUACGCUGUUUUACAAAGAAUGACAUCUGAAUUUCCAGAAAUGAAGUAUUCACUUGGAAAUAUGUACAAUAUGACUAACUUUGUCAUGAAGAAUCCUCGUUCCUUUGGUUUCAAGGAAACAAAGGAAGCAUGCUGUGGAUCCGGAGAUUACAAUGGCGUAGGGUUCUGCAAUGAAGCACAAAGUCCUAACCUUUGUAAGAAUCGUAAAGAGUACUUAUUUUGGGACUUAUAUCAUCCUUCUGAGGCCGCAACCAACCUAUCAGCCCUAGCUCUUUAUUAUGGAGACAGUCCAUUCGUGAAACCAAUCAACCUUCGCCAACUGGCAGAGAUUCAAAUCUAA